UUCUCGCCUCCUGAGCUAACUCCACUGCCCCCAACUCCCCUUGGCUACAUGCCGAGGCCUUUGUCACUGAUGUCCGGCAACUACGAUAGUCCGCCUGCCUCUGACUCUCCCCACGAGACAGCAGACCUUAUCGUACGGGAAAUACUCGACAAUAACCAGGUAUCUGAUGCUGAUAUCAGCCCCUCGGGAGAAUUAUACAGGGUCAUAGAACGCUUCCAUCGCAGAGCAAUCCUGAAUCGAACCAAUCCGAGACAUCCAAUUUUGCAUGCAAUGGCCUCAGAUGAUGAUCAGGAGAGGACAGAGAGGCUGCAGAGAGAGGCAGCCCGAGAUGCCUCGCCCCUUUAUGUCUUGCCACCCUUUCAACCAAGCGGCCCUCCUGAGCCAAUGCCUCGCGAUAGGGCAGCUAUGAGACUUGCCGGUAUGACUGCUCGACGUGGUAGAUUGCGGAGUUCAGCCAGUGAACGAUAUCUGGAAAGACAGCGGGCCCUCAGUGGAGAAAGCGGCGCAGACAAUGAGAAUUCUGGACCGAGGGGAGAAAGCCGCAGUGGUCUCGCAGGUUUACAACGAGCUGGAAGGCAAUUAGAAGCGGCAAGCUCGAACCUACGGGCUCUUCUGGACGAUCCUGUCCCUAAUCUAUCGUCGCCCACUCUAGAAGAGGAUUACUCGAGCGAGGCUGAGCAUAAUCGUCGAGCCAAGCGGCGCAAGGUAGAUGACGACCGAGUGGACUCGUCGUUUGCUGGAUUUAGCUACGGGAGAUAUGGGCAGGUGGAACCCGGCAAGUUGAAGAUGGAGAUUGUCAGCUGCGAUGGAGGGAUAUUUCAGGGACACGGCGGAAAUUAUUCUGCUGAGAACAUUUUGAAGAAUGAUGCCACAGUGUAUUGCACCAAGAGCAAUCGAUGCAAUCUGGUUCUUCGACAUCAAGGCGCAACAGUCUUCUCUCUCAAAGAAUUGAUUAUCAAAGCACCACAUUCUGGUUAUACCGCUCCCGUCCAAGAAGGAAUGGUCUUCGUAUCCAUGACCUCCGACGACCUUCUGACCCGAACUGCCCAAUACCAAAUCCAAUACUCGCCGCCACGAGAGCGACGUCGCGGGUCCAACUCUGACCUCCCACCCAUAAUGUCCAUCCGGCACAACAUAGACGGUAGUAUGACUACCGCUCAAGCGCGAGCACGCCGUCUCUACGAUAUCGGCCUCCAAGAUGAAGACUGCGAUUUUCGCACCGCGCAAAUCCCGCCAGAUUUCACAACCAACGCUCCCCCAUUCCGGGUAACCACCGAAUGCAGCGACUCCGAAGGCGAAGAAACCCCACAUCAAGCUGCUCGCCGGCGUACGUUGCACCGCAUCUUGGGUCUGCGUUUCGAAAACAACGAUGCUAGUGAUGAAGAAUCAAACAGUCCGGAAUGGCACGAGGAUUACCUGCUCGGGAUGCGACCACCUAGUUCUCAUCGCCGCGAAACAGCCUCCAACUUCACCCUAGCCGAAGCUGCAGAAGCAUCCCAGAUUGCGACGCAGGAGGCAGUGAGAGCAGUGGGGGGCGAGUUGAUGGCUCCGCAUGCAAGGUUCUUUAUUGAGAGAGAUAAGAGCAAGUGUACGGUAAAAUUCGACCCUCCGGUCAGUGGUCGCUUUAUUUUGCUGAAGAUGUGGAGUCCGCAUCACAGCGCUACCAGCAAUAUUGAUAUUCAGAGUGUUGUCGCGAAGGGCUUUGCGGGGCCGAGAUUCUUCCCAGCUAUUAAACUGAGAUAAGACUUUGAGUUUUGGAUUUUGGAUAGAUAGGGGACUAGAUGGGACAAUGUGCGCUGCUGUGGGCGGGGACGAUCUGCCUAGAGAUGAUAGAUGAGAAUAUAACGACAUUUGACAUAGCCG